AUGGCGACGGAGGCCUUUCCCGCACUCUCCUCCACUGUGGCUCCCGCGCCUUCCGCCCUUUGGUCCGCCAACCUCACCGCGCCAUGGCAGAACUUCGUGCUAGGGCAGGGCGGCAACCCCAAGCUCGUCGCUCCCUACAUGGUGCAGAGCGUAGAGGGGCGCAUCGCGUGGGGGCUGCCGGGCCUCCCCCCCCACCAGCUCUCUGCCUACGAUGACCUCUCCGCCACCCUCUCCUUCCGCCAACCCUCCUCCACGCCCUCCGAUCCCGCCGCGCUCGAGGUCCCCCUUGUGCGCGGGUCCCCCUUUUUUACGUUGAUAUUCCCCCUGGGCGGCCCCCCCGCGACGCCCAUGCUGACGACGAUCCACGCCAUCACGGGCGUGGAGGCCAGCAGCGAUAGCAGCAAGUACCGUGUUGCACUCAACAACGGCCAGGUCAGCCCUCCGAACCAACCGCCGCACCCCAUUCUCGUGUCUCGUUCUCCCAUCGUACCUGCUAUCUUCUCCACCUGCCUGUCCCAAACUUCCUAUAUUAGAAUCCCCCCACUCACUGUAUGUAUUAACCACCACCUCUCCUCCCCCCUUCUCCCUUCUCCCUUCACCGUGUCGCUCUCGACAACGGCCAGGUCAGCUCCCCGCUCCUCUGGCACGAGCCCGAUUCCCUCAUUCUUCAAGCACGUACCCACCUCUCACUCGCUCAUUGUCCCACCUAUCUCCCCACUCCACUUGCUCGCCUUUUCUACUCACCACCCCCCUCUCCCACCCCUUUCCCCUCUCCACCCCUCCUUCAACCCCACCAGACAUGGCCAGACAUGGCUGGUGUAUCUGUCGUCGCCACUGGCGAUGCGGCAGGACGGGGCGACGCUGGUGGCGGACGCGCCCUUCACGGGGACCAUGCGUGUGGCGCUGCUGCCGGGCUCUUCCCCGCAGGACGAGGAGGCGCUGCUGGGCGCGCACGUGCCCACGGUGCCGCGGCGUGCUGCAACUUGUGUUGCCAUGUGUGCUGCAACUUGUGUUGCCAUGUGUGCUGCAACUUGUGUUGCCAUGUGUGCUGCUACUUGUGUUGCCAUGUGUGCUGCCACUUGUGUUGCCAUGUGUGCUGCAACUUGUGUUGCCAUGUGUGCUGCAACUUGUGUUGCCAUGUGUGCUGCAACUUGUGUUGCCAUGUGUGCUGCAACUUGUGUUGCCAUGUGCGCUGCAACUUGUGUUGCCAUGUGCGCUGCCACUUGUGUUGCCAUGUGUGCUGCCACUUGUGUUGCCAUGUGUGCUGCGACAUGUGUUGCCAUGUGUGCUGCCACUUGUGUUGCCAUGUGUGCUGCAACUUGUGUUGCCAUGUGUGCUGCAACUUGUGUUGCCAUGUGUGCUGCAACUUGUGUUGCCAUGUGUGUUGCAACUUGUGUUGCCAUGUGUGCUGCCACUUGUGUUGCCAUGUGUGCUGCCACUUGUGUUGCCAUGUGUGCUGCCACUUGUGUUGCCAUGUGUGCUGCUUGUACCGGCGCAUGGAUGGAAGUGAGCGCGCACAGCCCCUCCCUUCCCUCCAACCUCCGCAGUCACACCAGCGGCUCACCCUCAGGCGCCUUGGGGGCCAUCCACGGCCACCAAAACCCCGCCUCUGCCACCCCCUCCCACGCACGCAGCAAUGCACCGUGGUCGUCCGUGCGAGCUGCGUCGGUGCCCGAUGCAUCAGUGCUGGCAUACCCCACCAUCGACGGCCAGGUCGUGGGCAUGCAGGGGGGCGUGUGGCGCCUCAACGUGCCCAAGCUCCCCUCCACGUGGCGCCCAGGGCCCCUCACGUCUGACCCCCAGCUGCUGGACGAGCUGAGGGCCACCCUCAAGCAGGACGUGGCAUCUCUGCCACCUCUCUUCUCCACCUCCACCUACUCCUUCGGCAAGGCAGCGGGGCGCGCCGCCCGCCUGGCGCUGAUUGCGAAGCAGGUGCAAGAUGAGGACAGCCUGGCCGCCGUGCUGCCGCCCCUGCGAACCGCGCUCUCCGCAUGGCUGGACGGCACCUUCCCUGGUAACCGCCUGCUGUACGGCCCCACGUGGGGCGGCAUGGUGAGCGAGGCAGGGUCGCGCGAUCAGGGGGUGGACUUUCGAGCGGCCAUGUACAACGACCACCACUUCCACUACGGCUACUUCAUCUACGCCGCUGCCACCGUCGCGAAGUUUGACCCCGCGUGGCGCGACUGGUACCGUGCGCCUCUCGAGGACCUGAUGGCGGACUACAUGUUGGCGGAGCGCACCGCAGCAUUCCCGAGGCUGCGCCACUUUGACGCGUACGCAUUGCACUCGUGGGCCAGCGGGCUGUUUGAGUUUGGCAACGGGCGCAACCAGGAGAGCUUCAGCGAGGCGGCCAAUGCGUACUACGUGGGGGCGCUGCUGGCGUCCGUGCUGAGCGACCAGCCGCUCGCCUCGCUGGGCGCCACGCUGGCAUCUGUGGAGGCCCUCGCCGGGCAGACCCUCAUGCACGUGCCACUCGGCUCAUCCGACCCAGAGCCCUCCUUCACACCUGCAUCCGAGGCAGUGUUUGCAGAUGCCAACCGUGUGGUGGGCGUGCUGUGGUCCACCAAGCGUGACGCGGCGUUGUGGUUCGCCCUGCCAGCGGACGUGGGCAUCCAAGUGCUGCUGGUCUCGCCCUUCCUCAAGCACCUAUUUCCUGACCCCGAGUUCGCCAAGCAGCUUGUGGAGUGGGCACAGCCUGUGCUAAGCGGUGCCGCCACGGAUGAGUGGCGCGGCUUUGUGUGGGCACUGCAGGCGCUGUACGACCCGCAGGGGGCCAGGGCGAACAUUGCAGCUCUAGGUGCCUUUGAUGAUGGCAACUCCAAGACCAACAUGCUCUGGUGGCUCGCUUCCAACAUGCCAUAG